AUGACAACUCUUAAAUCAUAUGAACAGACAGGAGGUAAUGCAUCUGCAGCUAAUGAAUAUACUGUGGUAACAAAGCAGUCAGAGGCAAAAAAUGUCUUGAUAACUGUUCUUCUCUCUUUAAUCGUUGUCCUCAUAGUUUUAGGUAACAGUGUUGUGAUUUUGGCUUUCAUUGUGGACAGGAGACUCAGAAAUCGCAGUAACUUCUUUCUUCUAAAUCUGGCCAUUUGUGAUUUUUUAGUAGGAGCCAUCUCAAUCACCCUGUUUAUACCAUACACAUUUACUGGGAAAUGGAUGCUUGGAAAGUUUCUCUGCAAAUUGUGGCUUACAAUCGACUACACAACAACAACUGCUUCUGCCUACAGUGUCGUUCUUAUCAGUUAUGACAGAUUUCUUUCCGUCAACAAGGCUGUCUUACAUCAAUCUCUACAAAACAGACACAGACAGACAGCACUUAAUAUGAUCCUCAUCUGGAUUUUAUCAUUCCUUGUCUAUGGACCAGCAGUUCUUCUGUGGGAGAUCAUUACUGGUACUAAUAACUUUCCAGAGGACAGCUGCCUUGCUGGGUUUCUUGAAACAUGGUAUUUUAUUCUUGGUGCAUCAACUUUAGAUUUCAUGCUCCCACUUCUCAGUAUUUCAUUUUUUAAUUUAAGAAUCUACCUAGAAAUUUUAAAACGCAGCACAAAGAGACAAAAUCAUUAUAAAUCUAGAUCUUCAAAAGAAAAAGCAAAAGAUAUAGAGCCAUUUACCAUAACAAACAAUACUGUCCUGUCAUCAGCACAGACAAAUGAGAAAAGGCAAAAUAACUCUGUUCCAUGCAUGGAUCUUAAGAUCACUUCAGACUCUCCCCAGACCCCUGAAACUUUGGACAGACUCAAUAAAAGGAAUAAACUUUCCAAGGACAAAAAGGCUGCAAAAUCUCUUGCAAUUUUGGUUUCUGUUUUCAUUGCGUGCUGGUCUCCUUAUUCAAUAUUUGUGUGUAUUCGUGCUGCCUGCCAAGGGUAUUCUCAGGCUAAUUCUCCUUCCAAUGUGCCUCCAGGCAAAUUGUUUGUUUCAGAAAACCUUUGUGAGGCAUUCUGUUUGAGUCUCAUGACUCUUGAGUAG